AUGGGAAGUAAAACGGAAGAAAUAGUACCCCAGGUGAGUACCGGCAACGGCAGUCUCACCACCGAUUCCGAUCGGGUAAAAGCCCCGGUGGUCGGUGCAGGCCCCACGGAUUCUGGGGGGGGCCAGUCACAUGCGAAAACGACAGGAGAUGAUAAGAAGUCCGGUGGAUACGGCUGGAAGGAGAAUACAGACCCUUCGGUGAGGAGAUCGUCACUUGCGAGAACUCCACCCGCACGCAGAAAAGGAUCCAUAGGUGUUAACACUGGUGUCGUCUUAAAUGAAGCUGCUACUGAAACAGUAACGAAAGGAGGCUCGUCGCCCACAACGAAGACAAAAGAGCCAGAGGUCUUCGAAGAGUUACCUCCCUGGAUGACAGGAUGGCAGGCUAUGAUGGCACUUUUGGAGGAACAGCAAAGAAUACUUCUAACUCUGGACAAGGCAAUCCAAACAAUGAGUAACGCACUACCGAAGAAUGCACCGAUGGCAAUCAAGGAUUCCAUGGCAAAGGCACUGGAAUACAUGGGUGGUCUAAAGUACAACGGAGGAGCCUUGAGAAAGUCUCAAGAAAUUUUCAAGAAAGAGUUGUCCAAAGUAAACCAGCCGACGAUGAGGACUCGACUGAUGAGCAGUGAGUCACAGCAACGAACGCCGCAGAAAAAGAGGGGUGCCUCGGAGACUCCUGAAGGCGGUGCCUUUAAGCGAGGAAAGAGGAGAAGUGUUGCGCACGUUACGGACUCGGCGUUACCUGCGGGCGAAGCAACAGCCGACGAAGACUGGACUCUCGUCACAAGCAAAAGAAAGAAGACUCCACAUAACGCAAAAGUGCAGGCAAAGGGCCCAAAUAGAAGAAAUACCGCAGUACUGAUCAAGCCAACCGAAAGCAUCACAUACUCGGAUGUGCUAAAAGCCCUCCGGACUACAGUCAAACAAGAAGAGAACGCAACGGAGGUCAAAUGUAUAAGAAAGACAGCAGAUGGGCAUGUACUGGUUGAACUGAGCCAAGGUACACAAGGCAGAAGCACGUUCCGAGAGAGAAUCCAGGAAGUAAUAGGAAAAGAUCUCUCUGUUAGAGACCUGGUUCCGAAAACAACCGUUGAAGUCAGAGACCUCGAUUCACUCACCACGAUGGACGAAGUCAAAGAUGCUGUAAUUCGAGCAGUGGGGCAGACAGGCGAACUUAGAAUACGUAUAUCCAAACCGAAUCAUAGAGAAAUACGUACAGCCACAGUGGAAUUGGACGAGGGAGCCGCUAAUGCUCUACUUCACAAAGGAAGGUUGCUGGUGGGAUGUGUAUACUGCCAAGUAAAGCUGCACACGACCGUUGCACGGUGUUAUAAAUGCCAAGGGUAUGGUCACACAUCCAAAAACUGCAACGGCCCUGACAGAAGUGCUCUAUGCUGGAGGUGCGGCAAGCCCGGGCACAAAGCAGCUAACUGUAAGGACCAGCCGGAAUGCUGUCUUUGUAAAGAGUUAGGUACGACGGCCGAUGGCUUAAGACACUCAACUGGAUCCUACAAAUGUAAAGUGAGCCGGCUAGCCCACGAACUGCUGCCACAAAUAGUAUCCGAACUACAAGCCAACGUCGUCAUCAUCAGCGAACCAUUUCGCCGCAGGGAAAACUCCUUCUGGUUCCAGAACGAUACCAAUACAGCUGCCUUAUGGGUACCGAACUCGAACGACCUAAAAGUUGAACAACAUGGUGAAGGCGAGGACCAAGUAUGGGCAACUAUAAAUGAUGUGACUUAUGUUAGUGUGUAUUUGUCCCCCAACGUCGACGCACAAGAACUCCGUCAAAAACUGCAAAACCUCGAGGACGAACUCAGAGCACUUCCGAACAAGGUCAUAAUGGCAGGAGACUUCAAUGCCCGAGCAACCGAAUGGGGAAUGCCGCACACCAAUACAAGGGGAAGGCUCAUACUUGAGAUGGCAGCGAGACUCAAUCUCCUGGUGGUCAACACAGGAUCUACAACCACAUACAGAAGGCCCGGGUGGGGUGAAUCCAUUCCAGACAUUACCUUUGCAUCAGAGAUGGUAGCUGGCAGAGUCCACGAAUGGAAAGUUAAACGGUUCCACGGUGGCAAUAGGGCGGUUCAGGGGGGCCUCUUGUCCUAG